AUGGCCGACGCAAUCUCUAUCGAAGAGACCAACCGCCUCCGGGUCUCCCUUGGGAUGAAGCCACUGCCCGUCCCCGGAGCAGGCCCCAUCUUCAAAGAUCCAUCCGCGCCCGCUGAAGAAGUAGGAAGCACCCUCGAGUCUCGACAAGCCGAAGGCUACGAUAACUAUCGAAAGCUGCAAGAAGCCGAACAAGCAAAGAAAAAACGCGAAGAGAAAGCCGCUGCGAUCAAGAGGGCACGAGAUGCGGCGAAACGAUUCUCGAAACUGGAAGGGAAAGGCCUAGGCGAUGCAGAUGAGGGUGAAGAUCUGGGCGCGAAGGCCUGGCUGAUUAAGCAGAAGAAGAGACAAAAGGAAAUCGAAAAAGCGAGGAAGAAAGAGCAGGAAUUGGCUGAUGCCGAGAAGGAGGCCGAGUAUACGGCUAAGGAUCUCGCAGGUGUCAAGGUUGGCCACGAGCUUGAUACGUUCCAAGAGGGCGAGGACCAAGUCUUGACGCUCAAGGAUACCACGAUCGACGAGAAUGAGGAAGAAGGCGAUGAACUCGAGAAUCUGGAUUUGCGUGAGCGGGAGAAGCUGACGGAUAAAUUGGAGCUGAAGAAGAAGAAGCCGAACUACAAUCCCCACGAUAUCGACGACUCAGGCGAGACGAGAAUUCUCGCACAAUACGAUGAGGAGAUUGAUGGAAAGAAGCGCCAACGGUUCACCCUCGACGGCAUGGGAAGCACAACCGAAGCUGCAGUCGAGGGCGGCGCUGCGAAGAAGAUAAAGCCAAUGGCAAUCAGCUUGGAUCUUUUCAAAGACGACGAGCCGAAGUCCGAUUACCUCGACAUAUCAGAGAUCAAGGUUAAGAAGCCAAAAAAGAAGAAAGCCAAGUCCACCCGGCAGAAGGUCGUCGACGAAGACGACAUUUUCCCCGCACCCGAACUCGCGGAGCCCUCCGUUGAAAAUGGAGAUAGCAUGGAUAUCGACCAGACAGCACAUCCCAAGAAGCGCACAUACGAUGACAUAUCAUUUGUUGACGACGAGGAUCUACAAGCAUCACUUGCUGCUCAGCGAAGAAAUGCUCUCAAGAAACGCCAAAAGUUCAGACCUGAAGACUUGGCCCAGCAGGUCAGAGAAGAAGCUUCGGUAACACCUGUCGCAGAAAAUGAGGAAGAGGAAACAGGAUUGGUCAUCGACGAGACUUCCGAAUUUGUGGCCAACCUGCAAAAGCCAACCGCACCCGAGCCAAAACGGAGAUCUGUCUCGCGACAACCCGAUGCGAUCACGACCAUGGGCGACGACUCGGACGAUGAAGGUGACGUUAACAUGGAUCGCUCAUAUGCCGAGAUCGAGGACGAGGAAGACAGACUAGCCCGGCUGAAGAGAGAGGAGUCAAACGGCGAAGACUUGACAAAUACCGGGUUAGAGGAAGAAGCCACUCUGAGCCGAGGUCUAGGCUCGACAUUGAAGUUGCUGAAAGAGCGCGGUAUCAUCAAGACAGCAGAAUCCGGUGAUCUCAAUGCCAAAUUUAGACAAAAGCAACUGUUCUUGGCCGAGAAACAACGCCGCGAGGCCGAAGCUGAGAAGAAAGCCCGUGCACAGAGAGAGCGCGAUCGUAUGACUGGGCGCCUCGACAAGAUGUCUGCCCGCGAAAAGGAAGAAUACGCCCGCUCCCAGAACGCCCACCGCGACCAAGUCGAGUCCCGCCUAUUGGCCGACCAUUUCAACAAAGAGUACAAGCCUCAUGUUGACAUUAAGUACACGGACGAGUAUGGUCGAACCUUGGGACAGAAGGAAGCGUUCAAGCAGCUGUCACAUCAGUUCCACGGCAAGGGAAGCGGGAAGCAGAAGACGGAGAAGUUGCUCAAGAAAAUCGAAGACGAGAAGAGACGCGAGGCUCAAAGCUCGCUGGACGGCUCUCAGAUGGGUGGGAUGAGCGGAGCCACAGCACAGCAACGGAAGAAGAGAGGACAGGCUGGUGUCAGACUUGCUUGA